UUGUCUAGGGGGCAGUGUUCUCAAUUUAAUAUUAGCCAAACUCAACAGAAAAAGAAAAUGGCGGAGCGUGGCUACAGUUUCUCUUUGACCACAUUUAGCCCUUCUGGUAAACUGGUGCAGAUUGAAUAUGCACUGGCUGCGGUAGCUGCUGGAGCCCCAUCAGUUGGCAUUAAAGCUUCCAAUGGGGUCGUCCUGGCAACAGAAAAGAAACAGAAAUCUAUUCUGUAUGAUGAACAGAGUGUUCACAAAGUAGAGGCCAUCACUAAGCACAUAGGCAUGGUGUAUAGCGGCAUGGGGCCUGACUACAGGGUUUUGGUCAGACGAGCCAGGAAGCUGGCACAACAGUACUUCCUUGUUUACCAAGAACCAAUCCCCACAGGCCAGCUUGUCCAGCGAGUGGCAUCUGUAAUGCAAGAGUACACACAGUCUGGGGGAGUGCGUCCAUUUGGGGUGUCAUUGUUGAUAGCUGGAUGGGAUGAAGACCAACCCUACUUGUUCCAGUCAGAUCCCUCAGGAGCAUAUUUUGCAUGGAAAGCCACCGCCAUGGGGAAAAACUACGUUAAUGGAAAAACAUUCCUUGAAAAAAGGUAUAACAAUGACCUGGAAUUGGAAGAUGCCAUCCACACAGCCAUCCUGACUUUGAAGGAGAGUUUUGAAGGUCAGAUGACUGAAGAGAACAUAGAGGUUGGCAUCUGCAACGAGGGCGGCUUCAAGAGACUCACCCCAGCAGAAGUGAAAGACUACCUGUCAGCCAUUGCAUGAGCACCCAGUGUAUCGUGAAGGGGCUCACUGGCUACAUGUCAACAUGUAGACAUGAUCGGGUAGUAGCCGGAAUAAAACAUAUUUCUUCUCUACAACGUGACCUUUUAUAUCAUUCCCAAGACAAUUGAUAGGAUGACUUAAACACGACCACCUGUGUGCAAGUACUAAAUUGGGACAGCUUCAAUGUCAUAGCAAAUUGUUUUAUUACACUAAUUGGCAUUUUUCUUUGGCACACCAUACAUGUAAAAUGUGGUAUAGUUGGCUACGACACACACCUACUAAUGUGGGCUUUGGGUGAAACCUCAAGUCUUCCACUGACAUCCCUAGACACAAUUGAGGAAAGUGGUUCGUGCAAAUCUUUUUUUUUGUCAGCACUUGAGUUCAUCUGAACACACGAGUAAGUCAACUGAAGUCAGCGUGAUCAGUGAGGUGCUUGAGAUGACCCCUCCUUAACAAUAAGUUUUCCUGUGCAGCAGUUCUAGAUAUUGUCCUCUUUUAUGACUAGAAAGGAUACAGUUUGUAUUGAUCAGUUACUCAUUGAAAUAAAAUACAUUUUGUGUGGGUGUGUUAAAA